AUGGAGCUCACGCGGAUUUCAAGCCUGGACUGCACGUUGUUGUUUGCUAACACUUUGGUUUUGGUGCCUUUUGUCUUUUGGCGUGUUGGUAAAGCAGUGAAGGGCUUCAAAAAAGUUUGCCUCACAGCCGAUGACUGCGAAGCUCUUGCACAGAGCCCAGAAGGUUCAUCCUCCCUGACGCAGCCGCUGAGUCAAAGGCAAAGUAGAGGAGAUGUGAACAGGGGCCUCCAGCCCACGCACCAGACACGGAGACAUCGAAGAGGACACAGUCAGCAGAGGAACAUCACCCAUUACUUCAGGAUCUCUCAGGUACAACCAGGAGGUGCUGGUGGGAUGAAGAACAGUAGAAUCAAAGAAGAGCUGCUGGAUCCUGUCUUCGCUGAACCUCACAAUUCCUUCAGCCGUGAAUCCAGCAUGACGGAGACCAGCAAUGAUUUCUUCUCUUUUCUGGAGGAUGAGGAAUUGGUACCAGCUCCCAAGGAAAGCUCCAGAAAACGGCCUCUGUCCGCUGCAGCCGCAGGCAUUCGCAAGCCAGAGCAUGAUUUGUGGGGUGAGCCUGAGAAGAAGCCAAUGGUUGUUCCUCCAGAACACAGUCAGAUCAAGCAGGAAGGCGGCCACAUUAAGCAGGAACUUGAUGAUAUGGAGAUUGAACCGGUCCCUGAUGCCCACUAUGGACUCCUGGGGACUCGGAACUGGGAAGUGCCUCAGGGAAGUAUCAACGAGCUGCCUGUUGAAGUCCUUAGGAACAUCUUUGCUUUCCUCCCGGUGACCGAUCUCUAUCAGAACCUGAGCCUGGUGUGUCGCUGCUGGAAGGAGAUAGUCAGCGAUCCAUUGUUCAUUCCUUGGAAGAAGCUGUACCAUCGGUACCUCAUGAAGGAGGACGCAGCCCUGCGCAGAGUUGAACAGAUCUCGUGGGAUUUCGCCAUAAAAAAGGAGCAGGAAGGAUGUGUGUUGGGGCUGGUCAGGUGCGUGUCUGCCAUGCCCACUGGUCGGAAUCUAGAUCCCAACGCCAUUCUUCGGUGUUUGAAGAGUCAUCACCUCUUCUCAAAGGCUGAAGUCUGCGUUUUCAACAAACUGCCACAUUUACAGAGCGGGAUGGAGCUUGAGAGCGUGUGGGCCAUAAUUGCAGUCAUGGUGCUUUUCUCCGAUGGCGUGGGCGACAUCCAAAAGUUGAUGACGUGUCUGCAGAGACCUUCCUCUACCCUCUCUCUUGUGGACGUGACCGAGACGCUUUACUGCAUCGCAACGCUGCUGUACGCCAUGAGAGACAGGGACAUCGCGAUCACUAACAGGAUCCAUUACAAUAUUUUCUACUCCCUGUAUCUGAUGGAAAAUGCUUCUGCACCUGUGCAGACCGCAGAAGAGGAAAUACCAGUUUCACGCUGCAGACAAGACUUAUGGUCCAGCAGCUGGCCUGAAGUAAACCUGACCCAUGAACAGCAAAGGAUUUUGAAUCACAAAAUUGAGCGUGGUCAAGUAGUGAAAAUUAUGGCAUUUGCAGGUACAGGAAAGACCUCAACCUUGGUCAAGUAUGCGGAGAAGUUUCCUAAUCUGAAUUUCCUUUAUGUGACGUUUAACAAAGCUGUUGUAGAGAAAGGAAAAAGCGUCUUCCCCAGAAACGUUACCUGCAAGACUUUCCAUUCGUUAGCAUAUGGAAGUAUCGGCAAACACUUUAAAGAAAAAGGCAAGCUGAACCUCUCCAAGUUGUCCGUUUACUCCAUCAGUUUCCUUCUCCAGAACCGCGACGGACAGUCUCUGUUCGUCAGAGGGAAAACAGUCUCACAGACCCUUGAAAAGUUUUUUGCCUCUUCAGACGAGGAGAUCUGCGAAGAGCACGCUCCAAUUUGGUUCAAAAAUACUCACGGCGAGAGAAAACUUGUCAGUCCAGCAGAAAAGAAA